AUGGGUAAGACACAAAAGAAGAAUAGUAAGGGUCGUUUAGAUAGGUACUAUUAUCUAGCCAAGGAGAAAGGUUAUCGUGCUCGUUCAUCCUUUAAGAUUAUUCAAAUUAAUGAAAAGUAUGGCCAUUUUCUAGAGAAAUCGAAAGUCGUUAUUGAUCUGUGUGCUGCUCCUGGUUCGUGGUGUCAAGUUGCAUCCAAGCUCUGCCCUAUUAACUCUUUGAUUAUUGGGGUGGAUAUCGUUCCGAUGAAGCCGAUGCCCAAUGUAAUUACUUUCCAAAGUGACAUCACCACUGAAGAUUGUAGGUCAAAGUUGAGAGGCUAUAUGAAGACCUGGAAGGCUGAUACAGUAUUACACGACGGUGCUCCUAACGUCGGUUUGGGUUGGGUUCAAGAUGCUUUCACGCAAUCUCAGUUAACUUUGCAAGCUUUAAAGUUGGCUGUGGAAAAUUUAGUUGUAAAUGGUACAUUUGUUACUAAGAUUUUCAGGUCAAAGGAUUAUAAUAAAUUAAUUUGGGUUUUUCAACAAUUGUUUGAAAAAGUUGAAGCCACAAAACCACCUGCAUCAAGAAAUGUUUCUGCAGAAAUCUUCGUUGUGUGUAAAGGCUUUAAAGCACCAAAACGAUUAGAUCCAAGAUUGCUGGAUCCAAAGGAAGUUUUUGAAGAAUUACCAGAUGGGCAACAGAACAUGGAGUCCAAAAUUUACAAUCCUGAAAAAAAAGUUAGAAAAAGACAAGGUUAUGAGGAAGGGGACAAUUUAUUAUACCAUGAAACCUCAAUUUUAGAUUUUGUGAAGACUGAAGACCCAAUAAGCAUGCUUGGAGAGAUGAAUAAGUUCAUUAUUGAUAAGGAUGAUCAUGAAUGGAAGAUCUUGAAGAAAUUGAAGCAAACCACGGAUGAAUUUCAUUCUUGUAUUGAGGACCUAAAGGUUUUAGGUAAGAAAGAUUUCAAAAUGAUUUUAAGAUGGAGAAAGAUAGCUAGAGAAAUCUUGGGUAUCGAAGUGAAGGACGAAGCGAAGACUGAAAUUGAAGUGGUGCCGUUAACAGAAGAAGAGCAGAUUGAAAAGGACUUGCAAGGUUUACAGGAGAAACAGCGUCUAAAUAUCAAGCGUGAAAGAAGAAGAAAGAAUGAAAUGAAGCAAAAGGAACUACAAAGAAUGCAAAUGAACAUGAUAACUCCCACCGAUAUUGGUAUUGAAGCCGCAAGUUUGGGUAAAGAGUCGUUAUUCAAUUUGAAAACUGCAGAAAAGACUGGUAUCCUAAACGACUUAGCAAAGGGUAAAAAAAGGAUGAUUUUCACUGACGAUGAAUUAGCAAAAGAUAACGAUAUCUACAUUGAUGAAAAUAUUAUGAUCAAAGAUAAGGAUUCCGCAGCUGAUGCAGAUGAUUUAGAAAGUGAGUUGAAUGCAAUGUACAGUGAUUAUAAAACUAGAAGAUCGGAAAGAGAUGCUAAGUUCAAAGCCAAACAAGCACGUGGUGGUGACAAUGAGGAAGAAUGGGUCGGUUUCGAUGAAGUAAGUGCAGAAAAAGGAGAAGAAGAAAAGAAUAACUUUAUUGAAGAUGUCGAAGGAGAUUCCGAUGAUGAUGAGGCCAUCACCAACUUGAUCAGUAAAUUGAAAGGACAAAAUGGAGAUCAUAAGUUGAGUAGUAAAGCACGUAUGAUUUUCAAUGAUCCGAUAUUUAACAAUGUUGAGCCAGAUUUACCAACAAGUACCAUUAAUGAUGGUAUAAUGAGUUCUGAGGCAGUCGGUGAUAUUUCCAAAUUACACAAGAAAAGAAAACAUGAAGAGGUACAACAGGAACAAGAAGAAGCGGAUUCUUCAGAUGAAAGUUCAAGUGAUGACUCUGACUUCGAGAUUGUAGCAAAUGAUAAUGUAUCAGAAGACUUUGAUUCUGAUUAUGAUUCAGAGGAAGAAAAAAAUCAAACAAAGAAGGAAAAGCAUUCCAGAGAUAUUGACAUCGCCACUGUUGAAGCCAUGACCUUAGCACAUCAGUUAGCAUUGGGUCAGAAGAAUAAGCAUGAUCUUGUCGAUGAAGGGUUCAAUAGAUAUACAUUCCGUGACACCGAAAAUUUGCCAGAAUGGUUUUUGGAAGACGAAAAGGAGCAUUCCAAGAUAAAUAAGCCAAUUACUAAGGAGGCAGCGAUGGCAAUUAAGGAAAAAAUAAAGGCAAUGAACGCUCGUCCUAUCAAGAAGGUUGCUGAGGCCAAGGCAAGAAAAAGAAUGCGUGCUGUGGCUCGUUUGGAGAAGAUUAAAAAGAAGGCUGGUUUAAUCAACGAUGAUUCUGACAAGACAGAAAAGGACAAGGCCGAAGAAAUCUCUAGGCUGAUGCGUAAGGUUACCAAAAAACCACAGACAAGGCCAAAGGUUACUCUGGUUGUUGCCUCAGGUAGGAACAAAGGUUUAGCGGGUAGACCAAAGGGCGUUAAGGGUAAGUAUAAGAUGGUUGAUGGUGUUAUGAAAAAUGAGCAAAGAGCCUUGAGACGUAUCGCAAAGAAGCAUCAUAAGAAAAAAUAG